AUGGCUUAUCUUUUCUGUUCAGAUGCUAUUUUGGACGUUCUUAUGAAAGUCAUACAUACAAGCUGGACCAAAGCCACAGCUGCUGCACUGCAGACAUUUGCUGUUGAUGGAAAGAAUUCAAGUUUACUUCAUCUGACAAAGAACCUUCUGAUCAACUACAGUAAAGGUGUCAGACCUGUGAGGAACUGGAGCCAAGCCAUCACCGUGUUCAUAGACCUCUUUGUUCACGCUGUGUUGGAUGUUGACGGGCAGAAUCAGAAGCUGACGACCAGUAUUUGGUACAGACAGAUGUGGAAGGAUGAAUUUCUGGCCUGGAAUUCAAGUCAGUUUGAUGGAAUUGGAGAAAUUUCCCUCCCGCUCAGUGCUGUUUGGGUUCCAGACAUUGUUAUCAAUGAAUUUAUAGAAGAUGGGAAGUCACCUGAUUUACCGUAUGUGUACGUGAGCUCUUCUGGAACGAUCAGGAACUACAAGCCCAUGCAGGUGGUGUCAGCCUGCAAUCUGGAGACGUACGCCUUCCCUUUUGAUAUACAGAACUGCAGUCUGACCUUCAGCAGCUGUUUGCAUACAGUGAAUGAUCUCAAUCUGUCCAUCUGGAGGAGCUAUGAGGAAAUCAGCAAUGACAAAAGCAUAUUUUUAAAUGACGGAGAGUGGGAACUUCUGUCUGUACCCUCCAACUAUGAGAUUCUACAUACCCAUGGCGGAAGCUUCGCUCAGGUCCAAUUUAAUCUUGUUAUCCGCCGCCGCCCCCUGCUGUAUAUUGUAGGCAUUCUUCUUCCGAGCAUUCUACUUAUGAUUGUGGACCUCAUGAGCUUCUACCUGCCCCCUGACAGCGGGACUCGGAUCAUGUUUAAAACCAGCAUUCUUGUUGGAUACACGGUCUUCAGGGUUAACAUGGCAGAUGAGCUACCAGCUACAGCCUUAAGUGUACCAUUAAUUGGUGUGUUCUUUGUUGUAUGCAUGGCCCUCAUGGUUUUGAGCCUUGGCAAAUCUAUUGUGGUCAUAAAAUUUCUUCACAUUGACAAAGAUGCAUCUGGAGAUCUUCUAAUAUCUCAGUGUUCAAUGCUGUCCAAGAGAAGACGCAGUCAUGAUGAAAACACAGAAGACAACUCCAUGGGUUCAACCAAUUAUACGGCAGAGAGCCUCUGUGGUUUCGAUGAAGUGUUCCAGAACCCAGCUAUAUCAGAGGAUCCAUUGAUGGAGCAGAUCCUACAGGAGGUGACCUCCAUCCGUUCAUAUGUACAGAAGAUGGAGUCAGAAGAAACCUGGCACAGCCAUUGGCUCGAUCUGUGCUAUAAAUUAGACAGUCUUAUGUUUAGAGCCUAUAUGCUGCUCUUUACCACCUAUGCGGCUACUCUUACAUUUUUAUGGUGGGCAUGGAGUUCAUAUACUGUACCUACAUGA